UCUUGGCUACCGAAGUGGAAGGACGUGCUAUCAUGUGCUCCCUUGUAGGGGCGGUUUCAGCGGCCCGUGUGGGCCGUGGUAUCAGGUGUACUGAAAAGCCGGCUGAAGACUACCAGGUUGUUCUGCCUCAUCUGCCCACAGGUGCUUCUGUUUUAAACACCGUUUUUUUGCAUGCCGAUGUGAAAGCCAGGCCAUAUCGAGUGGAGCAUGUCCGAGAUAGCCUUGCACGUCUUUCGUUGCUGCCGGAAGUGGUUGCCCUCGGGGCAUACCAAAUGAAUCACCUGUGGGCAGUGACGUUUAAGGAUGAGGAAGGCAAGAGGAAGAUAUUAGAAGCUGAAGCGUUCAACGUUAAAGACCACCGCUGCAUGGUCAUCGACCCGCGCGACCGAGGUGUCCGACUGAAGCUAUACUGGCUGCUUCAUGGCGUACCGGACGAAGACGUGCGAGUGGCUUUGGCGCCGUUUGGAAAAGUGACGGAAAUUAGCAGAGACAAGUGGAAGGUCAAGGGCUGCAUUGACAAAGGAUCAACCACCCGCUCGGUGACGCUGAAAUUAAAUGUGGGCCUCACUGUGGACGACCUACCACACCAACUGCGUGUUGCUGAGGAUAUGGCGCUCGUCUUCGUUCCUGGCAGAGCGCCGCUCUGCCUCCGAUGCCGUGGCAUCGGACACAUCCGGCGAGAGUGCCGCGUUCCACGAUGUGGGGUCUGUCGUCGCUUCGGCCACGAUGAUUCCCAAUGUGUGCGCUCUUAUGACAGCGUUACAGGCCCACUCCAAAGGGACGUAGUAUCCGAACACAUGAUGGACGCCGCAGAUGCCGAAGAAGCUAGCAGGGAGGACAACGACGUGGCGAAGACUCCUGCAAAGCCCCUUGAACCCUCCCCAGGAGCUGUCCAGGAAGCGAACCUGGGGGGUGAGCCCUUGGCUGCAGCCCCGGAAACGAAGCCAGAGACUUCAACAUGCGACGCAGGCGUGAAGGCAGCAAGCGCGUCAUCGUCACUGCCGCAAGAAGUCGGCCAGGAAGCAACGGACGUCGAGAUGCUUAUGACCGGAAGCAUCGCUGCAAAGCGUGCUCACGAAGACACUGGCAAUACAGGAAUAACUACUGCGUCAGGCACCGGCGAACCUCCAACGAAGGCAUCGACUACGCGGCGGUCUAUGCUUAAACCGAAGUCGAACGUGCCGCCUGGCAGUAGGGUGGCCCCUAAAACGCCUCCGCCCUAG